UAGCUUAGCUAGUAAAUAACACACACACGCACACACACACACCCACACCCAAGCAAGCAGAAGCAGCUAGCUAGGUAGCAGCCAUGGCGGCGGAGAAGGAGGGCGCGGUGGUGACCAAGGGGCACGACGAGGGGACGAAGGCGGCGGCGGCGCUGCUGGAGGAGUUCGGCCUCCCGCUGGGCCUGCUGCCGCUGGAGGACGUGACGGAGGUGGGGUUCGUGCGGGACACGGGCUACUUCUGGCUGGCGCAGCGCAAGAAGGUGGAGCACCGGUUCCACAAGAUCGGCAAGCAGGUGAGCUACGACGUCGAGAUCGCCGGCUACGUCCAGCCCAGGGGCAUCAAGAAGCUCAAGGGGGUCAAGGCCAAGGAGCUCAUGCUCUGGCCGCCCAUCAACGAGAUGGCCGUCGACGACCCGCCCACAGGCAACAUCCACUUCAAGAGCCUCGCCGGCGUCACCAAGACCUUCCCCGUUGACGCCUUCGCCGCCGGCCAGUAGCCAUGCAUGCGCAUGCAUCUCUCCCGAUUGAUCUUAUAUAUACUACAAUAUAUCAACACACCAUUACUAUAGUGCGCGCAUAUUAUAUUAGUCUUGUUUGUGUUACCUAUAUAUGUUACGAUGAGCUGCUUAUGUAUACCUACCUGCUGGCUAGCUAUCUCUUGAGAUCUUGAUAUGAUGGAUAAACUCUAGUUUUUCCUACAAAUAUGGUGAAAUAAAGCUAAAUAAAA